AGUCUGUUCGCCUACGAGUACAGCCAAACCCUCCAGACAUUGGGUCUAACCAUACGUCCAGUUCAUGUCCAAUGGUGUACGCAAUCACUCAAUCGCUUCUACUAUAUGAUGAGCGCGUGUCGACCGAAGCUGAUGGACAAGUGGUAUACCGUCGGCACUGUUGUCACUUUGGCCGCCAUUUUCCCGUCGGUAUACCUCUUGUUGCAGACGCUCUACACUCUGGUUGUGGCCAACUAUUUGCAAGACAGUCGAUCGGUUGCCAGGGCUCAGGCCUUGUAUCCGGUGAUACCCGGCAUUAACCUCCCGUUGUCUGACUUUGGCUACUAUUUCAUAUCUCUGGCCAUUUGCAGUAUAUAUCACGAGUCGGGACACGCUUUGGCGGCGCUCAGAGAGGGCGUACGUCUCCAUAGUUUUGGUGUCUUCCUAUUCGUGAUAAUUCCGGGCGCUUUCGUAAACCUGUCCACCGAACAGGUCCUCCAUCUAAACGUCUGGAGCCAAUUGAAGAUCUUCACGGCCGGUGUCUGGCAUAACAUCAAUUUGGUGGUCCUCCAUCUAAACGUCUGGAGCCAAUUGAAGAUCUUCACGGCCGGUGUCUGGCAUAACAUCAAUUUGGCGCUCUUUGCCAUUGUUUUGUUGCUAAUCAAUCCGUUUGUGUUGAGCCCUCUCUAUAGUCAACCGCCCGGUGUUGUCGUCGCCUACAUUGAACCGCUGUCGGGCGCUUCGGGACCAAACGGCUUACGCACGGCUGACGUGAUUGUGGGCGUCGAUGACUGCGUGAUUGUGGACAUCACAAACUGGAAACAGUGCUUACUAUCGAUAGCCAACAAUCCGCGCGACGGGUAUUGCGUGGGCGCGGCGUUCAUCGCCACCGAAAAGGCCAAUAACGGCCAGUCAGUAAUGGCCAACGGCGUCGGCAACGGUGGCGCCCAUUGUUGUGAUAAAAACAGUGAAAAUAGUUUGUGUUUUAUACGAAACAAUUCAAUGGACGACAGGGUGUGUCUACCGGUGCGGCAACUCUUGGACACGAGUCCCGCGACGUGUAACACAUCGGCCGACUGUUCCCGCAAUGAGAAGAGUGACAAUUGCGUCAAACCGUUGGCCGACUAUAAUCACACGAAACUGAUCCGUAUCCGACGUCAGGGUCGGCCCAAUGUGCUCUUCUGGGGCUCGCCCUCCGAGCUCUACCAGUCCAUCGUUUUAGUCAAAUACAAACCAAAGUUAACGUCUUUGCCUCUGCUUUACGUCUAUUAUUACGAAACACUUCUCAGAUAUAUAAUCUCAUUCUCGUUGGCUUUGGCGGUGUUUAAUGUGAUUCCGUGCGUCUAUUUGGACGGCCAGUGGGUUAUCAAUGCGUUCAUUGAAUUAUCUUUGAGUACAAGAGUUAAUGAUAGUGUGAAGAGAUUGGUGUCCAGAGUGUUGGUCUCUUUGGGCACACUAUUGCUGUCGAGUUGUGUUUUCAUUGGUUUAUACCAAUUGUUGUUCACUUGACUUAUGAUAUAGUAUUCAAAUCAUUACAAAUUCAUUGUUUUAAUUGUUUUCUAUUGUAUUAAUUUCUAAUCAAAUUAUUUAAUUAAUAAAUUCAUUGAAUCAAAA